UAAAAAAUUCCGUCUUUGAGACAGAAACAGAGAACCAAACGGCAGCUGUUUCCUGAUCAUUCCACUCUCAUCCCUCUCUAGACAAAUCUCAUUUUCACUAACUUCUUGUUUCGCAUAAAUGAUCAAGAAAGUUGGAAAUUCAAGUUGUUUUAGAUAGUUCAUAUGUUGGCUGUUUGCAACAAAACAAAAACAGUUUAUGAUCCAAACCAGAAUUCGGAAAUUGAGGAUUUCAGCAGUUUAAUCCUCUGUUUAUUUCGUUGAUUGAAUAAUAUAUGGAACCGGAGAAACACGAGCCGCCGAGGCUUUAUCAAGUUUGGAGAGGAAGCAAUAGGUUCUUCUUUGGAGGGAGAUUGGUUUUUGGUCCAGAUGUAUCUUCUUUGUUUUUGUCGGCUUUCUUGAUCGCUGCCCCUGCGCUUGCAUUUUGUAUAAAGGUCGUAUUUAUCAUCAGAAAUCGCGUUAAAGAAGACAAAUCUGUCAUUUCAUGGUAUCCUGUGCUUAUAGUAGCUCUUGCACUCACCAUUUUGGAUGUAGCCUUCCUUGUCCUAACAUCUUGCAGAGACCCUGGGAUUGUGCCAAGGAACACGAAGCCUCCCGAAUGUGAUGAUUCAUUCGAGAUGAACACCCCUUCAAUGGAGUGGGUGAAUGGCCGAACACCUCAUCUCAAACUUCCCCGGACAAAGGAUGUCGUUGUCAAUGGACACGCAGUGAAGGUGAAGUUCUGUGACACAUGCUUGCUUUACCGCCCCCCUCGCGCAUCACAUUGCUCCAUCUGCAAUAACUGUGUCCAGAGAUUCGACCACCACUGCCCGUGGGUUGGGCAAUGCAUCGGUUUACGCAACUAUAGGUACUUCUACAUGUUCGUAUCAACAUCAACCGCCCUAUGCUUGUUUGUGUUUGUGGUGUCAUUGAUCAACAUUAUCCGAGCAGAUGACCAUCUAUUGAAAGCCAUGUCGCGUGAUGUUCUAUCAGUGUUUCUGAUACUCUACUGCUUCGUCGCUGUCUGGUUCGUUGGUGGCCUUACAGCUUUCCACUUCUACCUCAUCAGCACAAACCAGACGACGUAUGAGAACUUCAGGUAUCGCUACGACAAGAAGGAGAAUCCAUACAACAGAGGGAUGAUCAAGAAUUUCCAAGAAGUCUUCUUCUCCAGAAUCCCAUCCUCAAUGCUUGAUUUUCGAGCAUUUGUUGAAGACGAUGAGCUGAUGAUGACUGUAGCACCCACAGACGACGAUCCUGCUGAAGACAUCACGAGCUCAAAGGAGAAAAUCGACAUUGAAAUGGGAAACAAUUUCGGAGAGGAAAAGAGCAUUACACUUCCUGAGAUUCUGCUAAGCAUAGACUAUGGCGGCAUUCAUGAUAACCUUAAGCACAAGGUGAUUGAGAGAGAAGCAGCUUCCGAUUCAGACAACUUCGUCGUUCCUGUUGAACAACAAGUUGAAGAAACCACAGCUGCCCCUGCGAUUGAUGCUGAGGAGAAACACGAUGACAAGAAAUCUCAACAGAACACAGCAUCGGACUGAUCAUAAAAACGCGAUUCUAAGUGUUAUGCUCUGUACAUACCAGUUCCGAGUCUACGCUUAGCUACAGAUAUGUACCAUUUCUUUGUGCUAAUCUUAUCUUGUACUAUUACUAAAUUGGAGGCUUAUUCAGAGGCGUUCUUUAUUUCAAAUUGGCAGUUUUUAGUUUGAAAA